AUGACUUCCUGCAGCCGCCAGUUCUCCUCCAGCUCCAUGAAGGGCUCCUGUGGCAUCGGUGGGGGCUCCAGCCGCAUGUCGUCCGUGCUGGCGGGGGGCGCCUGCCGGGCACCCAGCGCCUACGGGGGCAUGUCCAUGUCCUCCUCCCGCUUCUCCUCCGGGGGGGCCUGCGGCAUGGGGGGCGGCUAUGGCGGCGGCUUCAGCAGCAGCAGCAGCUUCGGAGGUGCAGGAUGUGGUGGCGGUUUCGGCGGUGGUUUCGGCGGUGGUUUCGGCGGUGGCUUUGGUGGUGGCUUCGGUGGGGGCCUGGGCGGUGGCGAUGGCCUGCUCUCCGGGAACGAGAAGGUGACCAUGCAGAACCUCAACGACCGCCUGGCCUCCUACCUGGACAAGGUGCGGGCCCUGGAGGAGGCCAACACCGACCUGGAGGUGAAGAUCCGCGACUGGUACCAGAGGCAGCGUCCCCAGGAGAGCAAGGACUACAGCCCCUACUUCCGGACCAUCGAGGAGCUGCGCAGCAAGAUCAUUGCUGCCACCAUCGACAACGCUCAGCCUAUCCUGCAGAUCGACAAUGCCAGGCUGGCUGCCGAUGACUUCAGGACCAAGUACGAGCAUGAGCUGGCCCUGCGCCAGAGCGUGGAGGCUGACAUCAACGGCCUGCGCCGGGUGCUGGACGAGCUGACCCUGGCCAGAACUGACCUGGAGAUGCAGAUCGAGGGCCUGAAGGAGGAACUGGCCUACCUGCGCAAGAACCACGAGGAGGAGAUGCUUGCCCUGCGUGGCCAGACCGGCGGGGACGUCAGCGUGGAGAUGGAUGCCGCUCCCGGUGUGGACCUGAGCCGCAUCCUCAACGAGAUGCGUGAUCAGUAUGAGCAGAUGGCCGAGAAGAACCGCAGAGACGCCGAGGCCUGGUUCCUGAGCAAGACUGAGGAGCUCAACAAGGAAGUGGCGUCCAACAGCCAGCUGGUGCAGAGUAGCCGCAGUGAGGUGACUGAGCUCCGGCGCACGCUCCAGGGCCUGGAGAUUGAGCUGCAGUCCCAGCUCAGCAUGAAAGCCUCCCUGGAGGGCAGCCUGGAAGAGACCAAGGGCCGCUACUGCAUGCAGCUGUCCCAGAUCCAAGGGCUCAUUGGCAACGUGGAGGAGCAGCUGGGCCAGCUGCGCUGCGAGAUGGAGCAACAGAGCCAGGAGUACCAGAUCCUGCUGGACGUGAAGACUCGGCUGGAGCAGGAGAUCGCCACCUACCGUCGCCUGCUGGAGGGCGAGGAUGCCCACCUCUCCUCUGCUCAGUUCUCCUCUGGCUCCCAGUCAUCCAGAGAUGUGACCUCUUCCAGCCGCCAGAUCCGCACGAAGGUCAUGGACGUGCAUGAUGGCAAGGUGGUGUCCAGCCAUGAGCAAGUCCUUCGCACCAAGAACUGAGGCUGCCCAGUAGUGCUCAG